AAGUGGUGAUAAUCCAAUGUAAGAAACUGUGCAUUGCGACCACUCUAAUGAUUGUUAUUUGUUUAAAUGGUACACUUUCUGGCUAUGUCCUGACGUCUUUUCUUGAAAAUGAGGGAAGGAAUCACUCAGACAGAAUACUACUUUUUAAUAUGUGGAUCGAUUUGCCUCUGUCCGAUAGUCCACAAUAUGAGAUAUUAUACGUCAUACAGGUGCUAAGUUUAUAUCACGUCGGUAUAUGUUUCAUUUGUUUCGACAAUUUUCUGUGCAUAGUGAAUUUGUACAUCACGGCUCAGUUUCGUAUACUACGCCACAGGCUGAUGAAUUUGGGUGGCGUAGAUACGGAGGUCGAAACAAAAUCGAAUAUCGAGUGGUAUCAGUACACGGGCAGAUGUUACUUGGAGUUUAAAGAUUGUGUGCGCAAACAUCAAGAGAACAUUGAUUAUUGCAAUAAAGUCAAUCGUAUAUUUACGAUAAUAUCGUUGGUGCACGUGCUUGUAUUUAACGUAUUGCUGGGACUAGUAUGCUACGAAGUAUUUCUGGCUCAAAUAGUUCUAAUGAGGCGUCUUCUUUUUACCUUUAAUAUAAUCGGAAGCCUGAUCCAACUGUUUGGAUUCACGUAUAGCUGUGGCAGUAUAAUGAACGAAAGUUCGAAAAUUGGGACAGCGGCAUAUUCAGGACCUUGGACCCGUUUACCAAUGAACCUUGUUGGUAAAAUGAUCAGGAAAGAUUUAAAUAUGAUGAUUUUGAGAUCAGAGCAGCCAUGCAGCAUAAACGCCGGCAGAUUCUUUCCUAUCUGCUUGGAAACUUUCACUGCGGUUGUGAGCACUGCUAUGUCUUAUUUAACAUUACUGAGACAAAGCAUGAUAAAUUAAAAUCAUAAUGUUACUCGAAGGUAAUAGUGCAUACAAUUGUUUAUAUUUGCAUUUGUGGAUCAAAUGCAAAGAUGCGAAGUAUUUUUGCUACGGAUAUUUUUCUUCAAGGAGUGUAGUUAUUCUGGUGAUACUUGAUGAAAACGAUUAGUUAAAAAUAAAUCAACUAGUUCUUAUACAAUGUUUUAUAUAUGUCAUGUACACGCAAAUAUUAACUUGUACAAUUAAUUUGAAUUGUAACUUUCCAUAGAAACGUAGGUAUUGUAUACGUAAAAAUGCAUUAGUACAAAAAAAUGUGGAAUUAAAAUUUAAUACCGAUUCACGCGUAUUUGUAUCAUUUUCAAACUGAUGAUUGUUAAUUUAUAAAUCACUGAAUAUUUAUAAAUGAAUAAUUACAAACUUCUCAGAUAAUGGCAGCAAUUUACAAAUGCAUUUAUUGUUUAAUUAUCCUCUAGCUUAAAACGUGACCACUUAAAACAUUUCCUCAUCAACAAACUUUACGAAACAGUAAGUUAAGGACAUGUAAUAGAACAUACUUUUUCUUGUCACUUGUAAGAUAAAUAUUUCGCA